UCUUGACUAAUGGCAAACGAAGGUAUGAAAAAAGGGGUGUGAUAAAUGUUUGUUGCUGUUCUCCUCCCCUGUGUUGCACUAUCCGUUGGACUGCUGGGUGUCGGCUAGUUAGCUAUAUGGAUGCUUACAUCAGCUGUAAGAAUAUUUGACGGAGGGGCAUUUGACUGGCUUGGAUGCACAGUCCAGUUGGCAGAUAUGGUGAGGCACAGUGUGAUAACCGAGGUGCAAGCCUUCCAGCACUCUGUCCAGGGUAACUCCCUGGCUUUGGGCCAAGUAGGGCAGAACUGUGGGGGAAUUCAGGAGAACAUGGUGGCUUCAGAGGUCAGACAGCCCUUUUCCCAAGGCCUCUCAGAAAAUGAGAAAAGCCAGCCAGUGAACAUCCCAGAUGUUGCUAAAAGAAAGAAGAAGAAAAGAACUAGAGCAACAGACAGCUCCAUAGGCACUUUUGAUGACCUCUAUAAGUUGACAGAUGAGGUGCUUGGUCAGGGAGCAUAUGCUAAAGUUCAAGGAUGCGUAAGCUUGCAGAAUGGACAGGAGUAUGCUGUGAAGAUCAUAGAAAAGAGUGCAGGACACAGCCGCAGCAGAGUUUUUCGAGAAGUGGAGACACUCUACCAGUGUCAAGGAAACAAGAAUAUUUUGGAAUUGAUCCAGUUCUUUGAAGAUAGCUCCUGCUUUUACUUGGUGUUUGAAAAACUAUGUGGAGGCUCAAUUCUUACACAUAUCCAGAACCGAAAGCACUUUGAUGAACUGGAGGCCAGUAAGGUGGUUAGGGACAUUGCCCAAGCACUUGACUUCCUACACACUAAAGGUAGGAAAACAUCCCAAGAGUUAUCCUACCAAAAUCCAAAUAGAAAAACCAUGAUUUUUUUUUUUUUGUAUUUCGCCUUGGUGACAUUUUGUUUUUCUGCAGGAAUUGCCCACAGAGACCUUAAACUGGAGAACAUCCUUUGCGAAUACACUGAUCGAGUGUCUCCAGUAAAGAUCUGUGAUUUUGACUUGGGAAGUGGAGUGAAGCUAAGCAGUGCCUGCACACCCAUAACGACACCGGAACUCACCACACCGUGUGGCUCGGCUGAGUACAUGGCUCCAGAAGUAGUGGAAGUGUUCACUGAUGAGGCGUCCUUCUAUGACAAGCGCUGUGACCUCUGGAGUCUCGGGGUCAUCCUCUACAUCCUGCUGAGCGGCAGCCCUCCUUUCACAGGUCACUGUGGCAUUGACUGCGGCUGGGACCGUGGAGAAACCUGCAGAACCUGCCAGAGUCAGCUGUUUGAGAGCAUCCAGCAGGGCAAAUAUGAGUUUCCAGACAAGGACUGGGCUCACAUCACUGAGGGGGCCAAGGACCUCAUAUCCAAACUGUUGGUUCGAGAUGCCACCCUGCGCCUCAGUGCCGCCCAGGUCCUCAAGCACCCUUGGGUGCAGGGGAAUGCUCCAGAGAGAGGUCUUCCAACUCCUCAUGUUUUACAGAGGAACAGCAGCACCAAAGACCUGACUCAGUUUGCAGCAGAAGCUAUCGCCUUUAACCGGCAGCUGUCUCAGCAUGAUGAGCAGCAGGAGGACGCUGGAGCCAUUGUUUGCUCCAUGAGGCUUUCUCCUCCUUCUAACUCCAGACUGGCCCGCAGACGGGCGCAGUCCAAUGCUCUGCGCACCGGAGACCUCACGCCCCCUUCAGAUGACCUCGCAGCCUGAAGGUUAUAAGGACAAACCCGCUUGUCGUGGUCUCUGGCCGGUUUUAGCCUCUGCCUGCUCCUUGUAUGUCUUUUUGUUUUGACAGGGUGUUAUGUGGGAUCAGACAUA